AUGUUGCUUGGUGAUGACAGGCAAGUGGUGAUGGUGAAUCUUGUGGUUGCCACCAUCACAAUUGCCGUCUCCUUCGUUGUCAUGCGCAACUACAUUGAUCAAGAGCUUUUGUUAUCGUUCCGAGACCCUGUGAGGCACUUGCCUCGCUUCGCUACAGCUUCUGGUAUUCGUCUUGCGUCACUUCCUGGAUUCCUUAAUGCUACCAGUGUGGUUGUGGCGCUGCCGUUUGGAGUUGCUGACGCCUCUUACAAGAUGAUGCGUUUCUUCACAAAGGAUGUCCGACCGCCUUCUGCUGAACGAAGCAAACAUGUAGAAGGAUUUCGUAGCGAGAGUGUAAUUCUGAAGCACUUGCUUGGUGCAGGCCAGUCGGCUCGGCGGGGCAGCACACAGAUUCUUCACCUCUGCUCGGCUGCUUCCUGCAUCGGACCGUAUCUCACACACCUCUGUGCAGAGUCGCAAGAAGACCAUGAACCCUCGAUCAGUGUCCACGCGUUGCUCUACGGUGACGCUGUCGUGGGAAACGUAGUUGGAAAUGACCUUCGAGGUCUCCGUGUACGUACUGCCGAUCUAGACCGCUCGACGGUCGUGGAGUCUGCCAUGCCGCUUCAUGGCAUCGUUUCCAAAAGCAUCUUGGAAAACGAGGUGAGGGCGAGGUGUACUAUAGCUAACAAUAGCUGUCGCUAUGUAGCAAAUGAAGGUGACAAUGCCGAACUGUCGCUUGUGCCGGUGCUAUCAUUCAACAGGGUGACCUUUUCCAACAUGAAGCUGUCAAGUAUACUAUUUGAUGUAGUUCAUAUCGAUGUUUCUCCUUCCGAAGCGCUGGCAAGUAUCACCUAUCUUAAUGGUGUGCUCUCGUCGUCUUCACGUCCUACACAUAUUCUUUUAACAGUGUAUCCCUCUCCAUUUCUGGAGGAGUUGCUGGACCUGGUGAAUGCCCUUCGAGGGAAGGCAGCGUACAAUGUGUUUCUAAGCGGGGGAAGAUGUUUAGCCGUCGCGAAUGUCUCCGUCCUUUCUUCAGUGAAGUGGUUGCGCGAUCUGGUCCAUGACGAGGGUUUCGGUGUUCUGUCGGACGUUAAUAUGCGUAGCUACUUCGCCGAGCCUUUAUGCGUGGUGUUUCUUUCCUAUGUGUUUGAUUCUUUGCCCAAUUUGUUGGGACAGGUUGUGCCUGUUCCUAGGACAAAUGCAAUGGAGGAUUUCGUGUUUGGACGAUCAGGUAGUGCUGUUGGUAGUAACGAAAGCCCUAGUGACGGUAGGAGCGUUAUGAACUGGUUGUUGUUUAUUGUGCCAGUUAUUGUGGCGGGGUUGCUGAUUUGGGGAUUUGCGCGAGGGCGACGACGGCUGCGAUCAUCGCAUGUGAGUGUACACUAA